AUGGCUGAAGUGCUGGGACAGAGGAGCCUGCUGGGAGUGGGUGUGCUGCUGGCCUGGCUCGUGCUCUUCCACUUGUUUGUAAACAUCUGGCUGCUUUGUGUCUUCACCAGUCUCCUCGUGGUGCUCGGGGGCUGGCUGGGCUCCCAGGCUGCACUCGACUCCAACACUGUCCUCCACCUCGAGAGGUUUAUCACAAUGGAGCAGAUUUCUCCAUCUGAGGAGGAUGAGGAGCAGCUGGACCGAGAAAUCCACCACACUGUGAAGAAGAUUGUUCGAGACUUUGUGACGUCCUGGUACUCCACAGUGUCCACGGAGAACGCGUUUGAAUAUGGUGUUCACAACGCUAUGAUCUCUAUGUCCAUGGAGCUCAAACGACGAGCACGACAAGUGGACAGAAAGGAUUUGACGCUGAGAAUUCUGGAUCUCUUCGGAUGCCACUUGCAAGAUAUGCUGAAAGCCAAACAGCUUGUGCCUCAGCAGCAACGAUGUGUCAAAUGGGACAGCGAGAGGAUGUGGCGAGCGUACACCAGCACCACAGCACCACAUGUGGCCAUGAGCAGUAAAGGCUUGGAGAUAAACUACAUGAGGGCCGUGGUAGAUUUAAUUCUACACGUGACAUCUCCUAUGGGCUCGUUCAGUUUUGAGCCCCUGUCCAGCCCCGAAGGACCAGUGAUGAUCCAGAACCUCCGCAUUACCGGCACCAUUACGGCCAAGGAGCACCGUGGCACCGGCUCACACCCCUACACCCUCUACACUAUCAAAUAUGAGACUGCUGUGGGAUGUGAAAACCAGGAGAACAUGACUCCGAUCUCUGAGGAGGCCGUAGAGCAGAACGGCUCUGACGUUCAGUCGCCGGUUCAGAUCGCCUACCACAUGGUCAACAGGAGAUACAGCGAGUUUCUCAACCUUCAAACACGGCUGGAGGAGAGGGCUGAUCUCAGGAAGCUCAUCAAAGGGGUGAAGGGCCCAAAGAAAAUUUUUCCCGACAUGCCUUUUGGGAACAUGGACACUGACAAGAUAGAGGCGAGGAAGGGAUUACUGGAGACAUUUUUGAAGCAACUCUGUGCCAUCCCUGAAAUAGCCAACAGUGAGGAGAUGCAGGAGUUUCUGGCUCUAAACACAGAUGCCAGAAUUGCCUUUGUGAAAAAGCCUUUUAUAACAUCUCGUAUCGAUAAGAUUGUGGUGAAUGCUAUCGUCGACACACUUAAAACAGCUUUCCCUCGUUCGGAGCCUCAGAGUCCCACAGACGAUACUGAUGAGGCCGACGGUUUAAGAAUUGUAACUGACAAGAAAAACAAGUCGCGACUGAAGUUUUCUUCCAAGAGCGUUCCACUUAUGAACGGCUCAGAUGUCAGACCAACGCCUCUGUUCAGCGUCGACCAGAACGGCAAUGUUUUCAACGGAAUGACAUUGGAAGAUUUGGAAGCCUUCAUCGGUGAGCGUGAGAAAAUGGCCAUAAGACAAGACUCCUUUACAGCUGACAGCCCUACAGUGUCAGACACAACACAUUCUUCAAAUAUGGACACAAGAAUGAAGUCCAAUGAUGAAUCUGUUUCUGAGAUGCCGUUGGCCGAGGUGACCCUGAACAUCCUGUGUCUGCUGAUGAGAGAGCAGUGGAGCUGGCUCUGCACCGAAAACAUCCAGAGAACCUUUCGACUGCUGUUCGGGACGCUCCUCAACAGGUGGCUGGAUGUAAGUGUGGCAAACCUCCUCUGCACCAGGCAUUGGACAUGGUACCUGCAGGUGAUUCAGGAGGCUGUGUGGCCUGGAGGAUCACUGCCCUCUGCUCCAGCCGUAAUCCGUACUCAGCAGCAGAAAGAGGCCACCAAACAGGAAGCUCUGCAGUGUCUCAUGCAACUGUUACCAGAUUUGAUCUCCGAUAUUUUGGGAUCAGACAAGUACAAACUCAGCUGGGAAAGUGCCCUGGACUCUCUUCAGGAUCCAUAUAUUAACAGACACCUGGUUUACUGCAUCUUUGACUUGCUGCUGGAAUACCUGGUUCCUGAAACAUCUGAGGAAGAUUUCCAGAGGAGUUUGCUGCAGAGUCUGUCCAAAGUCCCUGAGAAGAUCCAGGCCUAA